GAUGUAACUAUAACAAGUGACGCUUCAGUUUCAUUUCAUUGUAAGCUUUCGUACGAAGCGAGUAUAUUAAUAAAUAUAAAAAUUGUAUCUCAUUUGAUAUAGUGAUUUUCAAAAUGAAUUUCGAAUUACUUAUUGGAUUUAUGAUUUUGUUAAUAAUUUCACAUGUCGAUGGUUGUGGGAAACGUCAUAGCAGAAGUCAUAGGGGUGGAGGCCUCAGAAGUCUAUUCCGUUCAUCACACUCUUCAGGACACUCGAGUUCAUCUGGAUAUCAUGGAUCUUCUGGAUCAUCUGGAUCAUCUGGGUCAUCUGGAUAUCAUGGAUCUUCUGGCUCAUCAGGUUAUUAUGGAUCUUCUGGAUCAUCUGGGUCAUCUGGAUAUCAUGGAUCUUCUGGCUCAUCAGGUUAUUAUGGAUCUUCUGGAUCAUCGAAUCAUUAUGGAUCAUUAGGAUCAUCGUACGAUAGAUCAUCUGGAUCAUCUAGACAUAAUGAAUUAACUAAUUAUGGAUCGUCUAGAUUAUCUGAGAAUGAUAGUCCCAGUAGCAUCCAAACUACUAGCAAAAAAACGUCUCAUAUAAUUCCUGUUAUGCAUUCCCCUGCUUACCAUGCUUACCAUCAUACUGCAUAUUCUCAUGGUUCCUCUAACCAAGUGAGUGAACGAGUCGAAUCAACUACAUCAUCAACAACUAACGAACCAAUGUAUCAGAACAAGGCAAAUUAUCCCUCGUUUGACUUAUCGCCAUCAUUAUCUGAUCCUAUAGCUGAUAUGCGAAAACUCCUUAAACAAUUAGAUGAUGAUGCUAAGUCUGCUGUGUUAAAAAAGAAUCUAACAACCUCUACUUCAACAACACCAUCUACAGCAAAUAUUCCUGAAACCAAGAAUCAUAAAUCGAAAACAGAAGAUAAAAUCGAGCCGACUCAAUCAAACCCCAAGUCUAUGUUAUUUGAUCCUGAUAAUCCUCUCAAUUCUAUCAAGAAAGUCUUCAAAGCAAUCGGUCUGAACAUGAAUUUUGACGACGAGUUCCCCACGUUAAGACCUUUCAGACUCUGAAAUGCUAAAAAAUGAAUUUCUCAUGAUACCAGCAUUAAAAACUUCAAGCUUCAAUAUCUCUACAGUUAGUCAAAACAAGCUAAUUUCAAUUCGACACGAAAAAAUACUAGCAAACGCAUUAAUUACGAAUGGUUCAAGUCAGCGUGUAGAAACUUAUGUAUUUCAUGUCUUGGGAAGAAACAAAUAAUGUUUCUGCCUACUGACUGAAGUCAUUCGCAACAUAAUCUCUCGUACUUGACAUUUAUUUAAUAGUAAUUUCAGACCUUCAAUGAAGGGAAGAGAGAGGGUCAGGGUACUAGAGAUAAAACUGAGUUUUUGGGGACUCGAAUAUGAUAAAUCAUUUUUUUUUUAUGAUAUUAAAUGUACAUAGAAAAAAUUUUUAGUCGCCAUUAAAAAAAGUUUUCAUUUGUUCCGGGCAAAUGGAGUGCCCCCUGAAACAGGUGAAAAACAAAUAUUUCUGAUAAGUAAAUAAAUUUGAUUAAAUUCAAUUUUCUUAUAAUUGACAUAAAAAAAAAUCACGUUUUACAUUAUUCAUAGAUACAAAAGAAGAAAAAAUAAUUUUUAAUAGUUUUUGUCAUAAAACAAAAAGCAUUAAUAUUUUUUGACUGACACUUUCGAUAAAAAGCUUAACUACUUACUUUAAGUUGUUAAAUUUUUAUUUGUUAUCACUACUUAUUAUUAACUUCGAAGUUUAAAGUUUAAGUUAGUUUCAAUUCCAAAGAAGAUAUUUUUUAAAAAGCAACUUCAUAUUGGUUAGAGUAAUAA